UCAAGAAUAGCCAUCGCCUUCAACCUCGUGGCCCUGCUCUUCCUCACGCACCUAAUGAUGCCCCGAUCCCGCGUCUACACGAGCCCCUACUUCAAGCUCUCGCACUACAACCCCGACACGGGCCUCUACGCCAUCGGACGCUUCGACUUUCACUUUGUCCUCUUCUUCAUCGUCUUCUUCACCGGUAUCCGCCAUGCCGUCAUGGCGUUUGUGCUCAGUCCCCUGGCAAAGCGCUGCGGCAUCGAGAAGAGGCGUGACAGGGAACGCUUCGCCGAGCAGACGUGGAACAUCAUCCACUACUCCUUCUUCUGGCCCUUUGGAAUUUACAUCUGGUAUAAUUCGCCCUAUUACCUCAACAUGGCCGAGCUUUGGACCGACUGGCCCAGCCGCGAAGUCACGGGCACCGUCAAAUUCUACUUCCUCACGCAGUGGGCGUUUUGGAUCCAGCAGCUUCUCGUCUCGCUCAUUGAGAAGCAGCGCAAGGACCACUGGAUGAUGCUGGUGCAUCACCUCGUCACCAUUGCCCUCGUCGCCGCGUCGUACUCGUACCAUUUCACGCGCGUCGGCAACGUGACCAUGAUUAUCAUGGACGUCGUCGACAUUGUCUUUCCACUUGCCAAGUGUGCCCGCUACCUGGGCUACAGCCGCGUCUGCGACUGUCUCUUUGGCCUCUUCGUCGCCGUCUGGCUGGCCACCCGCCACGUCUUCUUCAGCAUGGUUCUCUACAGCGUCUACUUUGACGCUCGAAGCAUCCUCCCGCGCGCGUGCUACCGGGGCUCCAUGUCCGACCUCCAGGGUCCGCUCCCACAGCCCGAGGGAUGGUCGUGGAUGCUCGAGCCGUUCAGCCAGCCACAGGGCAUCGUCUGCGUCAGCAGCGGCAUCCUCAACGGCUUCUUCGCCUACCUCGCCGUUCUGGAGGGUCUCAUGCUCAUUUGGGGCUACUCCAUCUUGCAAGUCGCCCUCCGCGUCCUCGGAGGCCACAACGCAGACGACGUCCGCAGCGAAGACGAGGAGGAGGAAGAAGGCGAAGAUCUGCCGCGUGAGCUGGAAGGCCUGAAUCCUGCCGACUACGAACACUUUGACGGCGGCGCGGUCAAGGCGUGGGACUGCGGCGGUGGGCUGUCGCUCGUCAGGGGAGGCAUCUCGAGCGGGCUCAACCUUGCUGGGCAGAGUGAGCAUAAGGAGCUCCUGAGCCGGAUUGGAUGA